UAAACACUUGAACAUGUCAUUAUUAUAUUGCAUGUGUUUCAAGAGAAGUCUGACAGUAUGUGUUCCUUUUUGUUAUUAGAAAACUCUUGGCUAAGCCUUCCAAUCCAGGAAUGAGCUUACCUUGCAAGCCAAGAAUGUUGCAGUAGAAGCCCUAUAUGAUAAUUUUAUCUUUAUUAUCAUAGUGAAAGCAGCAUAAUAAUAAAGGAGCAUUCUAUAAGCAGAUACAGGUGAAUAUGAGAGAGGGUUGGGUGUAGAGGAAGAAGGAUUGGAAUCAUCUGAAAUUUUUUGAGCUAAAGAAAAUACAAUUCAAAAUCGAAAGUAACCGAAUCAAACAUUUUCAACUAAACAAGGUUGUUUUGGCCCCAUAUAAUACAUUAUAAUUGGCCAAAGUAAACCAACACACUCUUUAGAUUCCUUUCAAAAGUUGCCCGGAUUUCAUGCUUCUGCCAUUUAUUUUUCUUUUCUGCUGGUGAAUCUUGACAUCUUUGUCUUUUGUUACUUCUGUUUGGCAAUUUGGUCUGCUUAAGUUUAAAGUGUCUCAAUAUUGCAGGGGGUGCUUCAGUGUCUCUAACAUACAUUGCUUGUGAAAGAACCAUCCCAGGUUGCUGUAUCAACUUGCAGAUAUGGAGGUGGAAUGAGUUCAGCAUACGCAGCCUUAGAGAGUGAUACCCGAGUGCUGGUGUUUGAAGCUGGAAGAAAAGGCCAAAUCAGAGUAAAUACAAUAUCUGCAGGGCCACUGGGAAGUAGAGCAGCAAAAGCCAUUGGAUUCAUCGAGAAGAUGAUAGAUUACUCCUACUCCAACGCCCCACUGCAGAAAGAAUUGCUUGCAGAUGAAGUCGGCAACACAGCAGCAUUCUUCGUCUCUCCUCUGGCCUCAGCGGUGACCGGUUCAGUCGUGUACGUGGACAACGGGUUGAAUACGAUGGGACUUGCAAUCGACAGCCCAACACUCUGCGUAAUAGUAGGGGGCGAGACAAGCAGAAGGCUCUCUCCAUGUUCUUUUUUUAUUUUAACGACCGCGGCAUCAUCAUCGUCAUUGAAUAGAGAGCGGGGUGAUUGUCUUGUUGCAGGUAAAUAGGACUUGGAAUCAUUUAAGAGUCAUCAAAAAGCCCUGAUUGUUGGAUUAGAAUAUUUAGCAUCAUGUAGCUUUUUUUACUUUGGA